GUUAUUUGUAUUUUUGUUGAAAAUAAUGUUUUUGUAUAAUCGCACAUUACAAUUAUUGAAAAAUAUUAAUCCAAAUAAAUUACUUCAUUGCAUUCAUUAUUUUGAUUGUCCAAUACGACAAAAAUCUCAUGCAUCAAUUAUGUCAAUGAAAAAAGCAUUGAUUAUUUUAACCGAAGGUGCCGAAGAAAUGGAAUUGGUUAUAACGGCCGAUGUUCUUAGACGUGCACAGAUUGAUACAACUAUCGCUGGACUGAACACAACGAAUCCGGUAAAAUGUAGCCGUAAUGUUAUGAUUGUACCUGAUAAAAAUCUAUCCACAAUAAAUGUUGAUGAAUUUGAUGCAUUCAUUUUACCUGGUGGUAUGCAAGCAGCAAAUACAUUUGCCAAUGAUGAAACAAUUGGCACUAUAUUGAAACAAUUUGAACAAGCUAAAAAAGUGAUUGCAAUCAUUUGUGCAUCACCGAUUGCGUUGAAACAUCAUGGUGUUGGUUUAAAUCGUCAUAUUACAUCACAUCCAUCCGUUGCCGAACAAUUGAAUGAUAAAUUCAAAUAUAGUGAUGAUCGUGUUGUCAAUGAUGAUGGCCUAAUCACAAGUCGUGGACCUGGAUCUGCAUUCGAAUUUGCAUUGGAAAUUGUCAAACAAUUGGCAGGCGAAACAAAAGCACAAGAAAUUCAACCACCAAUGAUGUUGAAAAAAUGAAACACAGUUUGGAUAUAAUAUUUUCUUUUGUUUGUCAUGUUAUUUUAUUUCAUAUUCAACACAAGAAGAAAUAAUUAAAACUGAAAGAUUCUAUAUUCACAAA